GCUACUGCGCUACCCGCACCGCUGCACGCACCCCCUUUUUAUACCUAUGGGCUUUUGGCCCAUGCAUGUUUUGGGCUUGACGAGCUUGACGCUUCAAGUAGGUAUGGAAGCUUAGUUAUACUUUUGACUUACGCACCAUGGAGGGAAAUCUUGCGGCCAACUUGUGCCUACAGCUCGGAGACCGAGCCACUCAAGCUGAGCAGUGGAAACUCCUUGGUCAAGAGAAAGACGGAGCUUUGUUGCUCGGAUGGGUGGAAAAUGUGUCUCCACAGGAGGAUAACAGUUAUUAUUCAGUUGUAGGUCGCUAUGACAGAGUUGGUGAUCAAUUACAGGUUUUACAUAGGUUUUCAAAAGUAAUUAAUCUCAUCCAAGCGACUGUCAAUCAGUCCAACACGCUCCUAGGAUUUGUGAUAAAACAAAAAUUAGAUGUUCAUGCACAAGAAAUAGUUGUAGAAAAAUCUCAACAUGUUGAUGAAGAAAACCACAUUGAGCAUAAUUCAAACACAGAGCUUGAGUAUUAUCAAGCUUAUAUCAUUGAAUUUAAGACUGCAGAAGGAAAAAUGCACAACUUGCAAAAGGAUAAAUUGAAACAAAUAAGAAUCCAGUUUUUAUACAAGGAGAAACCUUCAAAGCUGUUGGAUAAAAUUUUAGUUUUAGUUCAUCAAGAAUAUAUUCAGAUGUGUACGGUUUCAUUCGAUGUGGACAAUCCAGAAAAAGUGGGCACCAUUGCGGACUUGAGAAGUGAAAUAUUAGUUGAAACUUUUAUAUGGGCCCAGUGGGAUGCGACGAAUCAAGUGCUUUAUCAUAUACACCAUAAAAAAGCAGCAACUAGCGUAUUCUCGGAAGACGCUACUGCUGAGCAAGAGCACAAGCCACCGUGCACCACUCCAACUCUUAGUGGUUUACAAUUUCACGAUGACCUUCCUCAUGAAACAGUUCUGAACAUUCCAUUGAAUUUACCUCAAACUCCAAAUUCCGAUAACUGUGGGACCUACGAAGAUGACGUCAUACCGUUGAGAAUCCACGACUGUUCGUUGGAUCUUUUAGUUAUAUCGGAUCAUAAGGGCACCGUUUGCGUGUGCCACCACUAUUUGUACAGACCAGUACAACCACCCCAGCACAUACUGAACUCGGCACUCAGUGAUUCAAACACGGUGCAUUUUGCCUACUCCGUGACCCUGCUUCAUCACAGCUGCGUGAUACAGUGUAUGGUACCUGGAAUACCCUGGUCUCGCGCCAAACUGAUGAGGCCGACGUUCACGCUCUACGGCGAAAAUCACAUGGUUGUAUUUGUCCAAGGCUUUUUCACGCAUUUACUCGAAAUAGGACUACAUCAUCAGCCCUGCUGUCACAUUCUUAGUGGCCCAUUGACAAACGUUCCUUCCCACACGUCGUACCUCGUGCCCCUCUUGAAUCUAAAAACUUUGAAAAAACGGGCCAAUGACAACAAUCAUGCCCACGACGAAAACAAUGACAGUGCUCACGACGAAGACGACGAUGCCAACUACAGCAACAACAACGGCGUCAGAAGAAAACAGCACGCCAUGGGUGUCGAAAGGAGUAACGGUGGCGGUGCCACCAACAUCCUCACGAUAGAUCUGCCGACGCUUGAUCUGGUCUACUUGACGCUACCCACGAGUUUUCUCAUCGACGUCUUCAAACGGGAAAAAAGCGCCACGGAGGUCCGGUUGGGGAUUAUGCACUACUUCAUGUGCCACAAACGCGAUCCAGAAGCCCUGAGCGAGCUCAUCGCCACGAUCGCCGAGAAGCCCCGUUCCCGCGACGUUGUCAAGGUGAUGCAAGAGUUCCUGGUCGGUGGCUCGCACGCGCUCGUGCAGAAGAAUUUAUUGCCGGACGCGAGGCCCCUGCUGGCGCUUACGCCGAUCACGACGCUGGACGAGUGCUCUUCCGGCUUCGAGGCGAAAAUCAACGAGCUCAGCGCGACGCUCAGCCACGAAAAGCUCUGGAACACCUCGGUCAUGCUGCUGUCACCUGGACAGAGGCUGGUGCCCUACAGGAGCGAUUUGUGGACCAAGCUGUGGGACCUGCUGAGCAAGCGGAGCGACGAGCUGCCGCGCUUUAAACCUAGCCACGUUGCCGAGAAAUUGGCUGUCUCGCUCGCUUGCUACCAGCCCGAGGCGCUGUCCCGGUGCAGCACGCCCAUGUCCCCAAGUGGCGGGUUUGCCGUGACCUCGGUGAAUCUGGGCGAGCUAAUGGGCAAUAGAUGUGCCUCGGCGCUUCCCUUCUUGGAAAUGGAAACCUGCACGGCCUCGAAGCAGGAGCACAUUGUAGCGGUGAACUUGCGCGAGAUAUCGGUCCACUUGCUCAAGUACGGCACGCCAAAUGGACUCGGACGGUCGAGGUCGGCGAGCUGCAUGCCACUGCACGUUCACGCCAUGUCCACGAGACACGUGGCCGCACAGCUCGAGACCUCGAGGCUACUGUGCCAGAUGCUGUGCAAAGCGGCCAACGUUCACGCUCGCGUCGAAGCGGAGCGCGGAUUCUGUCUCAUAGAUCAGUUGGAGGACUCGAGGCGAUGGCUACUGUUCACUUUGUUGGAGAGGUAUCGUUAUGCAGCAGAAAGUAUUGCAUUCCCCGUCCCGCAAGGCUUCAUGUCUUUCUUCACUUACUUGGGAUACCGCACGCUCAAGUACCCAAUGUUCUUGCAGUACACGCGACACUCGGUUUUCGAGUUGCAAGUUGAUGUUGCCAAAGUCAUCAUAGCUGAUAUCGGAGAUACCAAAGAAAGUGUCUCCCGUAAAUUAGAGCUCCUGUCGCAACUUCCAAGAACGCGAGCCAAGCGUCUACUCAAUCAAUGGCUGCACCCAGUAAGUUUCAUGUUAAGAGCUCGAGAACACGCGGCCAAUGUCCUGUCGGGUGAACUCAGCCAGUCUCGAAAUAGGCAACCGCAGCAUCACCUUCACCACAGUGGUCUAGCGGCCUUCCCUUCUAUAGACCGACUUUCUCCACUCGAUACUUUUCUAGAUUUACUGACAGCCAAGGCUAGUCUUAGCGAUCUCGAUUUUGGAUUACUCAUUGAAGCUACAGUGACUUCUAUUGAUAAUGUUUUUUAAAAGUGAUACAAUUUUGUGAUAUUUUUAGCAUUUACACCAAACUAAUGAAUAUAAGUAACUCGUGUUUAUUUGUUGAUUCGUGCAGUAUAUGUGCAAUGUUUUGAAUUUUGUUUUUUUAUCGUGUGAUUUGUGAAAAAAUAAUUAAUAUUUCUUGUUGACUACUUGUUACA